CCUUCAAUCCUUAGGCCUUCUUAUCCUCCAUACCCCUUUCUCGCUUUCUCAGCACCCUCUUGCCCGGCACCCCGCCCGACGCAGCAUUGAGUGCUGCUGCCUGACCCUGCCCCUUUUCUUUCCACCUUGACUACGCCUACACCUACUCUCACUACCACCUAAUACCCACAUAUCUACCAUGGCCAGAGACAGACUCGCGGCACUUAGGGCCCAGCAGGGCGGCGGAGCGGCGAACACCAACUCGGACUCGUACCCGAUGCAGUCGAACCUGGACUACCGCUCACGCGCGCGCGCAGCGAACCCGUACGCGCAGCAGGACGACAACCCGAGCUACGGAUCCGCGGCGGCGGACAUGUCGAGCACGACGAACCUGACCGCGCCCGCCGGCGCGGACGGCAUGGCGGGGUUCUACAACGAGAUUGCGUCGAUCCAGGACGACAUCCGCACGUUCAACGACAACGUCGCGCGCAUCUCGGACACGCACUCGCGCUCGCUGAACGCGACGGACGACGUGGCGACGCAGCGCGUGAACCAGCAGCUCGAGGACCUCGUCGCAGAUACCAGCGCACUCAGCAACGUGCUCCGCCGGAGGAUCAAGUCGCUCCAGAAGCAGGGCGGCAGCGGGCGCGACGGCGAGAUCCGCAAGCAGCAGACCGGCUUGGUGAAGCAGAAGUUCAUGGAGGCGAUCCAAAACUACCAGACCGUCGAGCAGCAGUACAGACAAAAGUACAAGCAGCGUUUGGAGCGCCAGUACAAGAUUGUGAAACCCGAGGCGUCGCCCGAGGAGGUCAAGGCGGUGGUUGAUGAUGACCAGGGCGGCCAGAUCUUCAGUCAGGCUCUGAUGAGUUCCAACCGCUACGGCGAGGCGCGGUCGGCAUACCGAGAAGUGCAGGAACGUCACGCGGAUAUCAAGAAGAUUGAGAAGACGCUCACAGAGCUGGCUCAGCUCUUUAACGAUAUGAGUAUUUUGGUAGAACAGCAGGAUGAACAGAUUACUGUCAUCAACGAUACCGUCAAGGAGGUCGAGAAGGAUGUUGAGACAGGCUUGAACUACACUUCGAAAGCCGUCGACUCCGCACGGUCAGCGCGCAAGAAACGCUGGAUCUGCUUCAUUCUUUGCAUUGUUAUUCUCAUCAUCAUUGCCAUUGUCGUUGCCGUCGUUGUUCUACAGAACAAGAAGUAGAUGGUGACGAUCUUCUUCCUCCCGUGUAACAUACCUACCAUAUUCCCGGGACGUUUUACGUAGUUUUCAUUUAUCGGACUGGGCUUAUGAUACAGGAGGAGCACGCGUUGCAUGCUACCGCUAUCGGGUGCGGAUGCAUCUCCUGCGCCCCUCUCUCAUCGGUCUUCGCAUCCUACUUAUCUAUGUAUGCCCUCCUCCCGGUCUGCUCUCGGCAAUGGAUCUUCCUCUUUUAGCUUCUCAUGGUGUACCUAGAUCGCUAGCUCGUGUCGCCUCCGUGUAAGUAGCGUGGCCUAGCUGGAUGUCAGAUCCCCC